AUGAUAAAGGCGUUUUUAGCAGUUUCUGCGUUCUUGUCAAUAGCACAAGCUCAAGCAGAGCAAGGUGGCGCGGACGCAGAUCACGGUGAACACGGCGAUCACGAUCAUGAGCACGGCAGUCCAGCGAUUUUCUACGGAUAUCUUCUCAUUCUAGUAUUCGCAGUGAUUGCGUGUGUAACAGCAUUAGUGACGCAAACUGGCCUAACGCAUAAGAAUGGCAUCUACAACAAAUUUACGCGUUGGUCGCUCUACACUCCAACGCUGCGCUACACAGCCAAUCACCGGUCAUACAUCACACUCCCAUCAACAGCGCACAUGAUUGGAAUACUGGCGUUGUGUGCAUUCCCCACGAUGCUCGUCUUGACUGGCCCUGAGUCACCUUCAAUGGUACUCUCGAGAACUAGCUCCGACAUACACGACUCAAUGGAGAGGAAUGCCUUUGAUAGGACAGGUGUGAUGGCAUUUAUACUCACACCGCUCGUCGUAAUACUCGGACUAAAGAUGCCACCAUUUGCUAUAUUCGCUUGGAAGUUUUUCACCAAUCUCCAUUUCGACAAGGCCGUUCUGUUCCAUUUCCACACAUGGCCAGAGAGGGAUGAGACAGGUGUUUGGAAUGAGAUAUGGUCAUCGCGCACUAACUCUUCUGGGUUUAUGGCUCUCCUUUUUCUAUCAUUCAUCCUUGUCCUCUCUAUCCCACCCAUCCGUAACAAAUUCUACGCACUGUUUCACAUUGUGCACAUAGUUCUUGUCUUCGCUUUUCUCGUCGCAGCAGGGAUACACUACAAGCCACUUGCACCGUUUAUUUGGACCCCGCUGGCGUUCUGGCUCGCUGAGCGCGUCUGGCGCGGUCUCCGUGUGCUCUGGCUCAAUGCCGGCGCUGGACGAUUUGCGGGUGAAAUGAAGAAGGGCAAGGGGAAUGCAGGACCAGGAUCAGGUACAGGCGCUGGUGUGCACUGGUCGACGGUCAUGCGCCCCGCCCAAACGAUCAGGUCUCUUGUCUCUCCGCAGAUGGACAAGCCCGCAAACCUCACGCUGCUCGGCUGGGAGGAGCUCGAAAAGAGCCGGGAAGCGGUGGCUGACGAGAGUAGCACCCGGAGCAACACCAACAGCCAAAGCCAAAGCAAGACAACAGUAAACAAAUCCAACGACAGCGUCGAGAAGUAUCUCUCACCUACAGCAGUAGUGAACAAGGAAAAGGAUGGUGCGAAGAAGGAUACCUCCACACCAUCUCUCGUUCCCCCACCCAGCAGCCUGUCUUUCCCGAUUAGACGUUCGCAUCCGACUGGGUUCACACAUGCACAGCUGUUGCCUGGCAAGAGCGUACGGCUGACGCUGUGUCUGUCGUCGCCACUCCACUGGCAGCCUGGCCAGCACGCAUCUAUCAUCAUCCCGGAGAUUUCCCGCUUCGGUGCGCAUCCAUUCACUAUUGCAAAUGUCUCAGAAGACGAUCCUUAUAAAGUGGUGGUAAUUGUGCGUGCCAAGAGCGGCUGGACGCGCAAGCUGUGGGAGAAGGUGAGAUUGAUGCGCCAGCCCAAGUUCAUUACGAGCGAGCAGCAGCAGCGGAGCGACGGGAACGGGAAUGGGAAUGGCACUGAGCAUAGGAACGAUGCGCACAGCUACCUCCCCUGCGCAGCACCGCCUGUGUACAUCCGUGCUCUUAUCGACGGCCCCUUCGGCAGUGCGGGGCGGGUGCGAUGGUCCAACUACUCCUCCAUUCUACUCGUCUGUGGUGGGAGCGGAAUAAGUUUCGGCGUGUCGAUCUUGCAGCAUGUCACUAACGUUAUCAGCCUCGGCGCGGGACCACUGCGACGCGUGAGGCUCGUGUGGCUCGUCAAGGAGUUUGCGCAUGUACAAUGGGUUGCCAGUGCGUUGCGCAGAUGUGCCACACUUCUCCCGCAAGACGCAUUCCAGCUCGAGAUAUUCGUCACAUCGCAGCCCACAAUCGACGCACCUAAUACUAUAAGCUCCUUUUUCCCAUCACCUGAUUCGCCUUUCCCGCCGACGCCAGCAGCUCCUUACGCAGGAGACGCGGGUGGAUCGCCGUACUCGCCGCCACGCUCGCCUGUGCAGCGCUUCUACACACCUGCAACCAAUCUGGGUGAGGAUUCGGGCGAUGCGGGUGACUUGGGUCGCUCUCAUAGUGACCUCAGCAUGCAGACAGCGGCAGCUUCCAUCACUCCAACUCUACAAGUACCUCCAGUUGCUGUCAAUGCGACGCACUCUGCUAGUCGUAUACAGCCCUCGUUCCGGUCAGCGCGGAGCUCGCCGCAAAUCGACAAGAACUUGCCUCCAGUGCGAGAGCGAGAGCAAAAGCAAAAGCAACAGCAACAGCAGCAGCAGUACCAGGAUCACGUGGCAGAAUCAGAUUUCACCACUGCAGCGUCCAACCAGUUCGCAGAAGAAGACAUAGACGAUAUUAACAAACGGUCGAGUAUUAACGAUUUCGUCGACUUCGACGGUGAAGAUAACGAGCCUGCUCCGGCCGUCGAGAGAGAGUUGAGCAUACUGAUCAGUGCAGAGGGUGAUAUAGCUAGAGCGAGGUCAAAUAUGGGUCAUAGCGUUCAUAUGCAUCCAACUCAAACAACCCUCACGCAUCCUGACAAACCAACACAUGCACCUAAUAUAACAUUCGCUGAGACACCCAAGGUUCACACCAUCGAUCAAUCUAAUUCAGACCCUCAAGCUUCACAUACACCACACACAUCACACACAUCUCAAUUGAAAAUGCCUGAUCCUGAUAACAUCGUCCUCGACGCUAUUGAGGAAGGUGACCUCUUCUCCAUUGCAGAGUUUGCUCGAAGCGGUAGACCUAAAUUGGACACUAUAUUCAGUCAGGAGUCGGAGCUGGUCGAUGAUAACGCUCUGCUCGUUGCUACCUGCGGCCCUGAUGCGCUAAACCUUACGAUGAAAAACUUGGUUUCCAAAUCAAAAACCAAGACUGUGGCAUUCGAGGAGAGCUUCAGUUGGUAG